AUCGAGUAGAUGACUGUUCCACAAACCUGAAUCACAAACCGCCCAUUUUAAUUCUAAAUUCUAAAAAUGUCCAUGUCGAGGAGCACCAUCCAGGAAUUGUGUGAUUUCGUACAACAUAAACCAUCACAAAUCCUAGGAAACAAAUUCUUCGACUCGCGGAUUGUGGUUCAGGUGGAUGUGGCACACAAAGCAGAUAAAUAUGAGCCACGUAUUUUUAUCAUAUCGAAAUUUAGAAUAUUCUUUCUUAUGGGUAAAACUACAUCGUCAUUGAAAAUCGAAAAAUCAUUUCAUGUGCUGGCGAUAAAAGCGAUUCAUGUGAUAAGUGAAGAAGAAUUGGUGAUUCAUUUGGAUGAUGGUGUACAUAAAAAGAAGAUUAAUAUUAAAUGUUCAAUUCAUCCAGCUGUUCAUUUGGCUAGACAACUGUUAUCAGCUGUCAAACACUAUUUUCCAGAUUUCGGAGUUUAUCUACAAUCAUCAAUCGAUGUGAAUCCAUCUGCUCUCUACACAGAAUUUCCAUCUCUUCCUACAGCUUCUCCACGCCCAUGUCAUUCUUUUCGGCGAACUUACGCGGCUUUGUGUGAUUUCUAUGAUCAACCUUAUCGAGAUGAAGUAUCGUGGGAUGUCGAGAAAAUAUACACAGCAAACAAAUUACGAGAUUUGAAAAUUGACGACUUCUCGCAUCUCCUUCCAAAAGAUCUUCUUCCAAUCGUUGGCGUCCUUCAAUAUUCAGCAUAUUUUACGGGACUUAUCUGUGAUGCAGUCCGAGUAUCCUCCGAAGUUAUCGAUGUGGUGUUGAGUGUAAUCCGAAAGUCACAAAAUCUGAAAAAGCUUCAACUGAGGAGUUGCAGUCUCCCAAAAGAUUUCAUUACUCUCCUUGCAUCAGCUUUUCACAAUAACCAAAAUGCCUGCCUCGAGUAUUUGGAUCUUUCAAGGAAUCCGAUUGAUGACAAAAAAGGAUUCACAAUUUUGUCCUCCGUGCUUCCUCGGCUCAAUCAGCUAAAAUAUGUCAACUUUUCUGAAUGUCAAUUAUCGGAUAAAUCUAUUAAUUUGUUAUGCACUGGUCUAUAUAAUGGAAUGACGUCAUGCAAAAGUGGAGGAAUGCAACUAACAGAGCUCAUUUUGUCAGCAAAUCCUAUGAAGGAUGAUAUAUCUGGAAUCAUCAAUCUGGUUUCAAUUUCCACUUCGCUCCGAGUUCUCGACUUUUCUGAUACUGGUAUACAUCUGGACAAACUCUGGAAUUCUUUAAAAUUCGGUGGCCUUCAAAUCGAAAAGCUAAUAUUGAAUGGUUGCUCAUUGAGCAAAAAAUCAGAAGGAGUUCAAACCGCGAAGGAAUAUUUUUCGAUGGCAGUCAAUCUAUCGCAUAUUUCAUUCAACAACACGUCAAUGCCAUCUGAAUAUCUUAAAGCAGUUCUUCUUGGACUUGCUUCGAAUCAACAACUUCAACCAUUCCGUCUGGAUUUAGAUGCGACGUGUGAGAAAGGAUCCGCAAGUGUACUUGAUGCAUGCAUUGGAGGAAUUCGUUGUGAGACCCUCAGUCUUCGAGAUAAUAAUCUGGAUGGUGAACUGCAAGGAGUUUUGCAGAGUCUGAUGAUGGUUACAUGUCUACGAAGACUUGAUAUUGGAGGAUCUAAUAUGAAUCAAUUGAAGAAAAACAACAAACAAGUGCAUGUGAUCAAUAAAGUUCUUCUGGAUGUAGUAAAGCUAUACAGCGAGGAAGGGUGUCUCGAAGAGCUCAAUCUCUCGGAUUGCCGUCUCGGUGCAUAUCUAAGCGUACUUAUCAACACAUUGGCAGCAACUACAACGCUCAAAAGUCUUGAUAUAAGUGGAAAUGAGAUGGGAAACUUUGGAGCCAGAAUUCUUUCGAAAGCACUACAAGUUAAUGUAUCUCUUCGAUCUGUGUCCAUUGACAAUAAUCAUAUUGGUGCUGAUGGUUUUGUCGAUUUGGCAACGUCUAUCAAGAUGAACCACACAUUAACUCAUUUCCCUUAUCCUGUUCAUGAUGCAUUUGACUGUAUGCAGCGUGUAGAACGACCGAGGACAGUGGCAGCAUUAUCACAGAUUCAAAACUGCUUGUAUCGGAAUAGAACAGCUCUCGGAGCCGACGAAGCCAAUUGCAAGAAAAUGUUCGCAGAGGGAGUGCUACAGAAAAUGGAGAAAGCGAAUGAUGAGGUUGUUGGAAGCAUUGUUGACUCAAUUUCAGCUUUUGGACAAGAACCAUUUCCACCAAAAAUGAUUGAAAUCAUUGAAGAAUUCGUUGGAAAGUUUCAAAUGGAAGGCGGUCGGAUCAUUUCUGAGAGCAUUUCAAGAACAAUCGGAGGUGAUUUAAGUGCAACAUCGCGUCGUGCAGAGCAACUUGCAACAGCUAGACUUGCUGAAGUUUGCACAGAACAAGUGAAACAUGUGUUUAGUGAAUGGAAAUGGAGGGAAAUGUGCGAACACGUGGAAUCUGAACUGUCCAAAAUGUCAAUUGGAGGAUCUGGUGAUGCAUGCAGCCUUGGAAGAACGUCAUCUGUGGGGACAGGAUCACCUGCAAUGUCAUCUCCAUUCACUCCGAAACGUUCUCAGGCAGGACAUCGUCCGAGAAGUAUAAUUGGAGAUCUGACAUCAUCGACAACAUCUUCCGAAACAGUUGGAGAUUCUACGGAGCAAGGAGUCAAUUUAGAUUUGCCACCAAAGCCUUCAGUCCUAUCACAUCUACAAAAGGCAAGACCAAGGAAAAGAGGAGGAGCUUCAUCUAUUCUAAAUUCAUCCCUUUCUGAAGACGUGAUGAUGACAAGUAAAUCAAGUGGAGGACCAGAGAAUGGAGAUUUGGCUGAUCUAAUUGAAGAAGUUGAUGAAGUUGAACAAGAACCAAGAAAAGUUCCAACUGGUGUUCGUGUUGCUAUGAUACCAGAUAGUUCCCUCAUUUCACAAGUGCAUCUUCGUCCUUCAGCUGAACGUACUCUUUCUGCUUCUUCUGACUUCUCACUGUCUCCACGUGAAGCUUCUUCUCCAACAACAAGUAACAGUAAGAUCAUGACGUCAUCAAGUGCUUCGGAUUCUCCACCACCUUUGCCUCAACGUAAUAGAGUUGGACCUGGCGGUGCUCCACCCCCAUUACUUCCUCCUAAACCAGAACCUCGAAGUCGUUUGAUUGGAAUGACGUCUCCAACUACACCUCCACCUACAGCAGAUGAUGAUGAAAAUGCAAAUAGUCGUCGCUCUGUGGCUGAUAUGGCUAGAAUUUUCCAAAAAUAAUCGAGAUUUUAGCUCUACCCAACGAUGUAAUUUAUCUCUUCCCUGUGACUAAUUUUUAUUUCACGGAUAUUUUGGUGGUCACAAAUUUAUUCAAUUAGAUAUUUUUCUUAUUUGAGGAAAAUAUUUUUAGCUGUUCUCGAUUCUUCCUCUAAUUUUUAAUCUCAUCAAUUGUUACUGUAUUUUUCAAUUUCUGUGUUUGUCCCAUUUCUCCUGUAUUUUAACAGCUUUACUAGAAUUUUUUUGGCAUACUUCUUUUUUUCACCAUUUAUGUUCCAUAUAUAUGUUAAUGUAUUCAUUGCGAGUAUUCUUAUGGUUUCUCCUCCUCUUCCAGCAUUUCUGAUUUCCAUGUCUCUUUCUUAUCGGAACUGUUCACUUCUUUGUUAUAUGCAAAACGUGGUUUCUGUAUUUCUUGACUUCUAAAUUGUUCAAAAUGAAAGAUUUGAAGAAUA